AUGGCUUCUUCUACCGUAAAGGCACAAUCUGCAAAGAAAUCCGCAUUAAAGGGUGCAAACUCCUCCAAGGCCGUCAAGGUCAGAACCUCCACCACUUUCAGAUUACCAAAGACUCUUAAGUUAGCAAGAUCUCCAAAGUACACCAAGGCUGUUCCUCACUACAACAGAUUGGACGCAUACAAGGUCAUCCAAUCUCCAAUCACUUCUGAAUCCGCAACCAAGAAGGUUGAAGAUGGUAACACCUUAGUCUUCCAAGUCGACCUUAAGGCUAACAAGUACCAAAUCAAGCAAGCUGUCAAGGAAUUGUACGAAGUCGAAGUUGCUAAGGUCAACACCUUGAUCAGACCAAACGGUACCAAGAAGGCUUACGUCAGAUUGACUGCAGACUACGAUGCUUUAGACAUUGCUAACAAGAUUGGUUACAUCUAA